AUGUUUGCAGCUUUGAAUCCGCAUUCACAUGAUCCAAAACCGCGCGUUGCCACGGUACGAGCAUUAUACGACCCGACGCAAGAUCCAUCACUGCAUACGUUGCUUGAUCCUGGGGCUUUGAUACUGUACUUCCCCAGUCCUCGGACGGUGACCGGGGAAGAUAUUCUCGAGCUCCAUGUGCAUGGCGGUCCGGCGACAGUCAAAGCUGUACUCGCUGCGAUUGAGAAAUGCAAUAGUAUCACCGCCAUCAAUAAUAGAAGUGGCGGUAGUGGUAGUGAUGUGGGCAUACGUUAUGCCGAACCGGGCGAAUUCACGCGACGCGCUUUCAUGAACGAUCGACUUGAUUUACCACAAAUCGAGGCUCUCGGGGACACUCUCCAUGCCGAAACCGAACAGCAAAGGCGUCUAGCCGUGCGCGGCGCGAACAAAUCGUUAUCGCAACGGUAUGAAGAUUGGCGUCAGCACUUGCUGUAUGCACGAGGCGAGCUAGAGGCCCUGAUUGAUUUCUCGGAGGAUCAGCAUUUCGACGAGUCGCCACAGGAACUCGUAGAGUCAGUCGCCGCACAGGUCAAUGUUCUCCAGCAACAAAUCAAAUUCCAUAUUCAGAACGCAUCUAAGGGGGAACUACUCCGAAAUGGGAUCAAGAUUGCCCUUUUAGGGGCACCGAAUGCUGGAAAGAGCUCUCUACUCAAUCGGGUUGUUGGUAAGGAGGCUGCUAUUGUUAGUACUGAGGAAGGGACAACGCGAGAUAUUGUGGAUGUCGGGAUUGACCUGGGUGGUUAUUACUGCAAAAUUGGGGACAUGGCGGGGCUACGAUCGUCAGGAAGUAAUGAAAGUGUUGGCAAAGGCGUUGGUGCAGGAAGGAUUGGUGCGGUUGAAUUGGAGGGCAUACGGCGAGCGAAACAGCGCGCUUUGGAAUCUGAUGUGGUUGUGGUGGUCUUGGGUAUUCAAGAAGGCGAUGGUGCCCGGCUAGCAGUAGAUCCAGAGGUUCUUGAGGCUGUGCGUAUGUGUCAGAAGGAAGGGAAAAGCAUCGUGGUUGCUAUCAACAAAUCUGAUAGAUUACCAGUACCACAGAACGGGAGGAGCGAAGCUGUGAACGCUUUGGUCAGACAUGUCAGCACCUUGUUCAGAGGUCUAAGCGAGGACCGUAUCUACUCAAUUUCUUGCAAGGAGGCUGAAGGGCCCAGCGGAUCAAUGAGCCUUAACCCAGGUCAAAACAGUCUUGGCCCGGGCUUAAGUUCAACAGACCCUGGUAACAUACAGGUAUUCUUACGAGGGCUGAUUUCUGUGUUUGAAGAAAUUGCAAGGCCAGUGGGUGCUCCAGACAUCGAGAUGGGAAGUCUUUUGUAUUGGGAAGACUCACUGGGAGUCACGCAUCGACAACAAUCUAAUCUAAAACAAUGUCUGGAACAUCUGGAGAGAUUUCUAUCAGAGACAAAAAGGAACGACAAAAACAGAAAACAACAUGUCUAUAAUAACCGACAAGAACAGCACGUCUAUAUUAAUGAAACCAUCGCUAAUUCCAAAGUCAAUGCCGAUAUUCAAACCCACGCUCACGAGAUGCAAGUCCAAGAAACCAGUCGGACGAUCCAAGCACAAACGCCGUCUAAUACCGUCUAUAAAAGAGAAGAAGAAAAGCAAAAUUAUAAUGAUACAGUCGUGGUGAUGAACGCAGAAUCCGACGUAGAUAUCGUGACAGCCGCCGAAAACCUGCGGUCUGCAGCCGAGAGUCUGGCACACAUCACCGGACGAGGAGGAGCGGCGGAUGUUGAAGAUGUUUUAGGUGUGGUCUUCGAGAAAUUUUGCGUUGGAAAGUAA